AACCAUUCCAAAAUCAGACACCAGAAAAAGCACGAAACCAUUAUUAUUGCUAUAAACCAUUUUCAUCCAUUUUAUUUCUAUCGCAACAAUCCCCUUGACUCAAAGGAUCAAACCCCAAAUACAGCACCAAACCCUUCUCCAUCCCUCUGUUCACUCAUCAGCUACCAAUGUCAAGUAAUCUAUUCCAAGGGCUUCCUCCCCCUUCUGCCCCACCACCGCCGCCGUCACCACCGCCGCCGUCACCACCACCUCCGUCGGAGCAACCGGAUACAGUGAUCGCCAAAGUUUCUCCGACUCCACCUGCUCCCGCUCUCAAGAGCGCCCUUAAACGUUCCAAACCUCCCCAAUCCGAACCCCAAGAUGCUGCCCCGAAGAAGAAAAGUUUGAGGUUUAAAACGAUAGCGGAUACAUCUGAAACGCAAGUGAUAGAUGCUAUGAAAAGGAUAGCUUCACAUAUAAGCAAUGUUUCUAAAUUCGGAAAGGCGUCAAAGCUUGCAAUUCAGCUGGUUCAGGCAGGAAGUGUUAAGUCUAGUAACAGUGACUACUUUUUUGCAAUACUUGAAGCAGCAAUGUCUUCACCGACCACGUGUAAUGAUGCUCUGGUGAGAGGAGAUUAUCAUGCGUUGUUUUCAGCUGCACAAGACUUGACUGAAUGUUUUAUUCCGAAGCAGCAAAAGUUGUUAAGUUUGUGGACUAUUAGAGCUGUAAUGGCUAAUGAUCUCUUCACUGAUGAUAGUUUCGUGUUCUCAAAGGCUUGUGGGAAAAUCAAAGAUGCUAUUUCUAAUCUUCCGGUAGCAACAAAAGAUGAUGACGUAGAAGAAGCUGCCGCCUUGAAAGAUGAUGAAGCUGAAACAGAAGCUUCCUUGAAUCCAAUACCUGAAUCAAGCGCCAAUCAAGACGAGUCUGACCCCUUUGGACUGGAUGCUCUGAUUCCAAAAAAUGAAAAAGUAAAAGUGAAAUCAGAUGCUGAACCAUCGUCUAGAAUAAGAAAAGAAGAAGAUGAAGAAGCAAAGAGAUUCUUGAAAUCACAAAGAGAAGCAUUGAUUCUCUGUUUGGAGAUUGCAGCGAAACGUUAUAAAAUCCCAUGGUGCCAAACAGUGAUAGACAUAACUGUGAAACAUGCUUUUGACAACGUUAGUAGAUUUACAUGUAAACAGAGAAAUGCAAUUGAGAAACUGUGGGCUUCUAUAAGAGAGCAACAAACUAGAAGAAAGCAAGGGAAAUCGGUAUCUGGAAAACUCGAUGUGAAUGGUUUCGAGUGGCUGCAGCAGAAAUACUCGACCGAAAAAAUAAGUAUACGCCAUUCUGUUGGCGGUAAUACUCGGCGCGCUGAACAAUGGCUAGGCUAAUAGUUUUAAGAAAACAUAUAUUGGAAAUCGAAUUAUUCAAAACAAUGCCCAUCGAGUUGUAUGGUUGGUUUUUGUACAUUCAACAGUGUUGGUUGCAUCUUUUAUGAGACCUUUUCUUCUGACAAUUUUUAUGUAACAUGCCUCAAAGACUAGAGUCGAAAAAGUCCCCUUUUCUUUCUAACUUAAUUUUGAUAUUGGGAUA